AUGAAGGUUUUCUCCCUCGUUGCAGCCGUCGCCCUGGCCUCCGCAGCCUCCGUCUCAGCCCACCGCUCCCACGUCCAGCCCUUCGGCCCCGACCUUGCCCACCAAGAAUACAGCGCCCCUUCUUCUUCCUCCUCCUCGUUCGCACCCUCCACCCCCUUGUUUAGAGGAUCCGCGUCCAACCCUGCAAAGGCCGCCACGGACUUUGUCGAACAACGCCUCACCUCUUCCGACUACAUCGUCAAGAACGCCUACACCUCCAAGCAUAAUGGAGUGACGCAUGUGUACUUCCGUCAGGUGGUUGAUGGACUUGAGGUUGUGAAUGGAGACAUUAAUGUUAACGUUGACAAGGAUGGCCAGGUCAUUUCUUUUGGAAACUCGUUCUACAAGGGUGACAAGGCUCACAACAACGCCUAUAAGGGUGGACGCCGUUUCGGGAAGCGGGACCUGUCGUUUGGAACGAUCAAGGAGUGGAUUAAGCAGGAGACCGAGGAGUUUAUGGAGGAAGAAGGUCGUCAAUUGUCUUUUGGACGCUGGGGUCGUCGUCCUCACCACGAGCGCAAGCCGGAGCAGCCUGCCAAGCCCGAGGGUGUCGUCUCCCCUCAGGAUGCCUUGGCUUCCUUCGCACGAUUCCUCAACGUCGAGAUUCCCCGCCCCGAGGACAUGGAUAUCGUCGCCACCACCUCCGUCCGCGCCGACAAGGCCGAUAUCAUCAUGACCAACUGCCCCCUCACCGCCAACGGCGAGGUCCCCGUCAACCAAGCCUACAUUCAAACCUCCGACGGUGAGCUCAGACUCGUCUACGACUUCAAAGUCGAAAUGAAGGACACCGACAACUGGUUCCACACCCAGGUCGAUGCCAAGACUGGUAAGGUUCUCCAGGUCAUCGACUGGGUCUCGGACGCCACCUACAACGUCUUUCCCAUGGGAAUCAACGACCCCGAGGAGGGCAAGCGCCAGCUGGUCAAGGACCCCCACCACGUCCCCGCCUCUCCUCUCGGAUGGAACCGUCAGUCGCAGGACAAGAACUUUACCACCACCAUCGGAAACAACGUCUUUGCUGGAGAGAACCGCAGGAACGGAAACGACUGGGAGAACAACCCCAAGCCAGAGGGUAAGGUCGGAAAGGAUGGCGAGUUGACCUUUGAUUUCCCCAUCGACUUUGACAAGGAGCCCUCGACCUACAUCGAUGCUGCCGUUACCAACCUGUUCUACUGGAACAACCAGGUCCACGAUGUCUUCCACCACUAUGGCUUCGAUGAGGAGUCCGGCAACUUCCAGGAGAACAACUUUGGAAAGGGAGGUCUGGGUAACGAUGCCGUCAUUGCCAACGCCCAGGACGGCUCUGGAUACAACAACGCCAACUUUGCCACGCCUCCCGAUGGUCAGCACGGUCAGAUGCGCAUGUACGUCUGGGAUAUUACUGACCCCAUGCGCGAUGGAGACUUGGAGUCAGGCAUCAUCAUCCACGAGUACGCCCACGGUAUCUCGACCCGCUUGACCGGAGGACCCGCCAACUCUGGAUGCCUUGGUUGGGGAGAGGCCGGUGGUAUGGGAGAGGGAUGGGGCGAUUUCUUUGCGACCAUGUUCCGCCAGAAGCCCGAGCACGAUUUUAAGUCCGAGUUCACGAUGGGAGCCUACUCUGCUAGCGGAAACGGCAUCCGUCGCUUCCCUUACUCAACCUCGCUCGACACCAACCCCGAGACGUUCAAGAUCAUGGACAAGUCGGAGUACUGGGGUGUCCACGCCAAGGGUGAGGUCUGGGCUGAGAUGCUCUACGAGGUCUACCGUAACCUGAACUUGCGCCUGCCCUUCACCGAGGAGUGGUACACCGACGACAAGACCAAGUACGCCAACACGCUUGUGCUCCAAUUGGUCGUCGAUGGAUUGAAGUUGCAGCCCUGCAUGCCCUCAUUCAUCCAGGCCCGUGACGCUAUUCUUCAGGCCGAGAAGCUCUUGACCAAGGGCGAGUACCAGUGCGAUAUCUGGAGGGCGUUCACCAAGCGCGGCUUGGGCCCCAAGGCUAAGGUUAUUGGUGCCAACUUCCCCUUCGGCACCGUCCGUACCGAGUCCUUUGACCUCCCCAAGAACUGCUAA